AUGGGCUUCUCAAAGACGCAGAGGAUCUGUAUCCUCCUGGGCAUAGAUGCUGUCUUUUUCCUGAUUGAAUUGGUCGUCGGAUAUGCAGUGCAUUCUCUGGCCCUCGUGGCCGACUCGUUUCAUAUGUUAAACGAUGUCCUAUCUCUUUGCGUUGGGCUAUGGGCGGUCCGUGUCGCCAAUACCGGAAGCUCAAAAAUGUACACUUAUGGCUGGCAACGGGCCGAAACAUUGGGCGCUCUCGUCAAUGGAGUUUUUCUGGUUGCCCUUUGCCUCUCUAUCUUUCUGGAAGCAAUCCAGCGAUUCGUCGAACCACAGGUUGUUUCCAACCCUAGACUCGUGCUCAUUGUCGGUUGUAUGGGCCUUGCCUCAAACAUCCUCGGACUCUUCCUUUUCCAUGAACACGGCCAUGGCCACGGCGAGAAAGAGCAAUUGCACGAGGGGGAUCUGGUGAGAUCUGCCGAAGAAGGCCACGGCCAUCUCUACGAGGACAACGGCGAAACCCAGAAAGUUGUCGACGAACAUGGGAACAUCGAAGAUGUGCUGCCACAAUUCCGAGUGGGCAGCUUCCGAAGUCCGGUCCGUCGUGCAUUCACAAAAUCUGAUGAGGAGAACACAACUAUCUCGGUUCGAUCUUCGCACACCCCUACUCGUAAGUCGAUCGUUAAUGGCGAGAUCCAUCCCCGGCAUCGCCGUCGCACAUCAGGUUCGUUUGGUAGGGGCUUCGGCUCUGUCGACAACAUCCACAUCCAUCCAGCCUCAUUUCGUCAGGAUAUUAUCCAAGCUGCGCGGUUGGAGGUGCAGUCCGAAUCCGAAGCGUCAGAGGAAGAUGCGCUGUUGAUGGAGCCCGAGUCACCAGAGCGACAUCUUGACAGGUCCCCAGGCGGCCUCCAAUCACCGUCCAAGAACGACAAGCGAUUCAACGGUUAUGGGAGCAUCAACAAACGGAGGAGCGUUGACUAUAAUCACGCGGCACACUACCACAAUCAAGAACAAGACGGCUCAAAAGCCGGCCAAGGACAUGGUGGGCACGGCCACUCCCAUGAUCUGAACAUGCGCGGAGUCUUCCUCCACGUUAUGGGCGAUGCUCUCGGAAACAUUGGUGUAAUAGUGACUGCACUGAUCAUCUGGCUGGCUAAGUUCCCUGGACGCUAUUACUUCGAUCCAGCAAUCUCCCUUGUCAUCACGAUGAUCAUCCUAGCUAGCGCCAUCCCACUCUGCAGAGCAGCAGGGCGAAUCCUCCUGCAGGCGGUUCCUGUGGGCAUGUCAAUCGAUGAGAUCACAGCGGACAUUGAAUCGCUACCACGAGUCAUUGAAGCCCACCAUCUCCACGUUUGGCAGCUCAGUGACACCAAGCUCGUUGCGAGCUUGCACGUCAAGGUUGACUGCGAGAUUGACGGCACUGGAUCCGCCAGCUACAUGCAUCUAGCGCGGGAAAUUCGAGGCUGUCUACACGGCUACGGCAUCCACAGCUCAACCAUCCAGCCCGAGUUUGUGAAUGAGGUAGAUCCGCAUUCCGCCGAACCAGGGGCUGAUCCCGACGAGGGUGCCGGGAGCGGGCACCCGACUCCUAAGAACAACGCGAAUGCCAGCAAGACUGCGAGUCUUAGGAGUGAAGGACAACCAGCAUGUUUGCUCGAUUGCGGUGAUAUGUGCGCCGGGAGCAAGAUGUGCUGUCCUAAUGAUGGCAAGAACGGAAAGAAAUAA